AUGCUGCGCGACAACAUCUGCGGCAUUACGCGCGGCCGUGUCCGCCGCAUAGCGCGCCGCGGCGGUGUGAAGCGCAUCUCCGCUGAGAUCUACGAAGGGGUGCGCCGCGUGCUGAAGGCCUACGUGGAGGACAUUGUGCGCUGCAGCACGGCCUACGCCGAGAACGCCCGCAAGAAGACCGUGACGGCGGCCGAUGUUGUGAACGCGUUGCGAAAGAAGGGCCACAUCCUGUACGGCUAUGCGUCGGGCAAUCGCCACACCGUAGCUUGUACUGGGGAUGUUGACAGCAUACCAACACUCCCCGCAGCUUACACCCACCGAUAG